CUAUAGAGUAAACAUUAACAAAUCAUAUUUUUCAGAUUUUUAGGGGAAUUUAAAAAUGUGGAAAUUUUUAAUAUUUCAGUUGUUUUUGGUUUCAUUGUUUUUAGAACAAGGUUUAUGUGGUCGGCAACAACAAAUCCAAGAAGUUCGAAACGUCAUAGCAACACAAUCAAUAUCUCUCCCAUGUGCAGUUCCUGGUGCGGAUAAGUUCCUAAAGUGGAAGUUUAAGGCAAACAAAACUGAUAGCAUUGAAAUUGAUGCAGCUCAAGUUUACCCGGGAUCUAUCACAAGUAUCUUCAACCAGUUUAAUCUUCCACCUGGUAGAUCAUCACUUGCGGGUGGAAGUCUAGUAAUAACUGAAGUUGGUGUCAGGGAUGAAGGUUUAUACUGGUGUGAAAUAUCGGGGGUUGGACAACCUACUGUAUACAGUGAUAAGAUACCAGUGCAUGUGUGGGUUACUCCACAAAACCCACAAAUUGUGGGCAUAGGAAAUGGGACAGUACUUGAAUACACUGAAACUGCUGUGGCAAGAUGUAGUAGUAAGGCGGGCAAACCUGAGGCCUCUCUCGUAUGGAUGAACGGAAGCGUCGUGAUACCAAACAUUGCCCAACCUGUUGUGUCGAAAAAUGCAUUCACAGACGACCUAUUUGAUAUUUCACUCGACCUAAUCUUAUCCUACCCAACAAGAUUCGAUCACGGAAGAAACUUUCAAUGUGUUAUCGACCAUCCAGCGUAUUCGGAACCAAAGUCUAUCAACCAUUCAGUUAAUGUCCUUUACCACCCAGUGAAUGCUCGUAUUUGGGCAAACAACACAAGCAAGUAUGUUUAUUGUGAAGCUGAUGGUUACCCAACCCCUACAUACUCAUGGGUAAUACCUGGCAAUGUGGAUGGUAUAGUUGGACCAGAACUGUACAUGACUGACUUGUUCUUGUUGCCUGGCAACGAAUAUUUUCAAUGCACUGCUGAUAAUGGGAUACCAGAUCCAUUAGUUGUGAGAGUUACUGUGGACAAUUUACUCUAUCCGUAUGGAAAACCUGUACCACAAUUUUUGGGGUUGGAUUGGUUUUAUUGGCUUGCCAUUGGUGGUGGAAUACUUAUCCUUAUCAUUGUAGUGAUUGUUAUUAUUGUGUAUUGCUGCAAGAAAAAGAAAGCUAAGAAACUUGGAAAAGGAAAGCCAAGUUCAAGUGCGAAAUACAGCAAGCCUUCUAUUAAUCCAUCAAACACAAGACACUCCCAACCAAGUUUGCUGGAAUUUGACUCAAUGAGGACACCAGAUGGACGGGAAUCAAGCAGAGCUCCGAGCGAAGUUGGAACAAAGAAAUCAAUGCCAAGAUCGUACUCACUUGAGCACUUAGUGGAAGAGAAGUACGGAGAACCACGGAGCAGCGUACAAAUCGUUCCAAACAAUAGAAUGUCUUAUGGAAACCAUUACGAUGAUACAAGUCUAAACAGACAUGCAAGCAGAGAAGAAAUAGAUAAGGUUGCUGAUCACAUUGAAGUCUUGAACAAAAGCUGGGAUCAUCUUGCUCGCUCCAAAGAACAUCUUGACAGAUCUCGUGAAGAGCUUCGCGUGGAACUUCCUCCCAGAUAUCAAUCCCAUGAUGAUCUUCACCAUCCUCAUCACAGAUCUAAUGAACGAUUGGCUGAUCAAGACAACUAUCCAUACAUGGAUGAUACAUUAGAUAACCGCAGAUACAACCCCCAUUCCCAACCUAUGUACCGAGAAGAACAAACACCCCGUCGACAGUAUUAUGAUACGUACAACGAUGAAAACGGUUACCAAGGAAACAGUGACAAUUACAACCAAAGGCAGAACUACGAUGACCAGGACGGUUACCAAGGCAACGGGUAUGAUGAUCAAACCUACAACCAGCAAACUGAUUACCGUGACAACAGAAAUGGCGGGUACCGUGACAGCAGAGAUGCCGGUUACGAUAGAAAUGGUGGUUACCGUGACGACCGUGACUACAAUCAACAAAAUGACCAAUCCCAGUACUAUGAUCGUAACAACAGCUAUGAUGAUAAUGAAUUUGAUGAUGAUCAGAGCUACAACUAUGACAGGAGGGGUUACCAACCUUCUAACCUGAUCUGAAGAAACCAUUACCCGACCUUGGAUAAAACUACGCAAGUGGAAAGUGAGAGGACUUUGCAAUGAGAUGACUUGGAUCUAACUUUGUAAUUCAUCAUUUAAGACAAACUGUAGGAAUUUACAAGGACAAGGUCUAGAUGUUUAAGACAUUGUUAAAGGAUGAAAUGUCCAUCAUCAAAAACAGUGGCGAGCAAUGUUCUGCCUUUUUCUAUUAAAAAAAGUACUGAGAAAAGAGAGAGAUAUUGUAUAUAUCUCAUUUAGUGGAUUUCUACAUAGAUUUUGAGUUGUAUUUUAUAAAACAGCUGCAUUUAAACACUUUCCUAUUAAUUGUUUAAUGUUUUUAUUAAUUAUUUUAAAACAGCAUUUUUGUUGUGCAUAAUUACUUUUUUAACAGAGGCUUUUCUGUAACUUUUAUCUAAACAUUGUGGUCUUAGUAUAAUUAAACUAAAAUAAGCAUUGUGUUAUAAGCAUUGUGUUUUAAUACAAGUAUUUUUACAAACUCAAUCCAACUUGUGAAACUUAACGUUAAAUUGUGCCCACUUUUGUAAAAUUUGAACGUUAACAUUUGUUUAAUGUAGUACAAAUGUAAAGAAAUAAAAUUUACUGUUUUUAA